UAUCAAAUUUGGCCAUAGAUUGCCAUAACUGUUUGACUUCGGUUCACUUCCCGCACUGUCUCCAUGCCAAGAACUAACGGUCAAAUACACUCUGACACUCGAGAAAUAACAGCAUUUGACCGUUCCUUUCAUGCCUUGUCUGAACCCUACACGGAGCUCAUCGGAAAAUAUACUGACGGACGAGCUCUGAGAUUAGGCAAAGUGUUACACGCGCACCUCAUCAUCAAUGGGUUGGCUCGUCGAACCCACUUUGCCUCCAAGUUAAUUGCUUUCUACGCAGAAUGCAAGCAAUUAGCCGGUGCACGUAAACUGUUCGACGGAAUUCCAAAAACAAAUGUCCGUCGUUGGAUUGUCUUGGCUGGGGCCUAUUCUCGGAAUGGGGUUUAUGAGGAAGCUAUGGCCUUGUUUAAUGAAAUGCAGAAGGAAGGAAAACGUCCAAAUAAAUUUGUUCUUCCCAGUAUCUUGAAAGCCUGUGGACAUCUCUCUGAUCAAAGAACUGGAGAGACAUUGCAUGCUGUGGUUCUGAGAAAUGAGUUCGAGUUUGAUGCAUAUGUGGUUAGUGCACUAAUCGAUAUGUACUCGAAAUGUGGGAAAGUUGAAAAGGCGAAAAGGGUGUUCGAUGGCAUGGUCAAGAAAGAUUUGGUGGCCCUGAAUGCUAUGGUCUCAGGGUUUGUUCAGCAUAAGUCUGAAAGAGAAGCUCUGAGUUUGAUUCAGGAAAUGAAGCCACUAGGCUUGAAGCCUGACGUGGUGACAUAUAAUACAUUGAUUGCGGGAUUUUCACAGGCAGAUGACAGGACUAUGGUGUCCAAAAUUUUCAGAUUUAUGCGUGAUGAAGGGGUAGAGCCUGAUGUAGUAUCUUGGACUUCUGUCGUUUCUGGUCUUGUGCAGAAUUUCCACAACAAUGAAGCUUUCGAUACUUUUAAACAGAUGUUGAAUGUCGGGUUGUGUCCAAGCUCUGCUACAAUUAGUAGUUUGUUGCCUGCUUGUUCAACAUUGGCAGAUUUGGUGUGUGGGAAGGAGAUACAUGGUUAUGCAGUAGCCAUGGGAAUUGAAAAAGAUGUGUUUGUAAGGAGUGCUCUCAUAGAUAUGUAUGCAAAAUGUGGGUUUAUAUAUGAAGCGAGGAAAUUAUUCUAUAACAUGGCUGAGAGGAACACCGCUACCUGGAAUUCAAUGAUUUUUGGGUAUGCAAAUCAUGGAUAUUGCAAUGAAGCUAUUGAACUUUUUGACAAAAUGGCGAGAGAGGAGGAGAGAAAACUGGACCACUUGACUUUCACCGCGGCUCUCACUGCUUGUAGUCAUGCCGGGAUGGUCGAGUAUGGAGAAAGUAUUUUCACGAUGAUGCAGGAAAAAUAUGGAAUCGAACCGAGGUUAGAGCAUUAUGCCUGUAUGGUGGAUCUGCUAGGAAGAGCGGGGAAGCUCAACAAGGCCUAUGAUUUUGUUCUAAAUAUGCCAAUUGAGCCGGAUUUGUUUGUGUGGGGAGCAUUGCUAGGGGCAUGCAGGCAGCAUGGAAACGUGGAUCUAGCAGAGGUAGCAGCUAAAGAAUUGGCUAAACUCGAGCCCGAUAGUGCAGGAAGUGGCGUGUUGUUAUCAAGUUUAUAUGCUGAUGCUAGUAGAUGGGGAAACGUCGCCAAGAUGAAAAUGUCGAUAAAGAAGAGGAAGCUGAAAAAGUUUCCCGGCUGUAGUUGGGUAGAAAUUGCAUAAUCUGCACCAUGGUUGCAUCACAUGUGAACUAUUUUUAGCAGCAAUUGAGGUGGCAGUAAUUAAGAAUGCUAUUAUGUCUGUUAAUUGAA